CUCCACUGCCCUAUCGUCUUUAUUACUAGACUCUCAUGCACUAAAGCGAUCUCUUACUCGAGGAAGUUGCAGAAGCGAACAUCGAUCUCUGUGUGGCUGUAGAAUUGCUCCUUGCAGUUUACACUUGAGCCUGGAUAUUGAAGACUUGCUGAAGUGCACGGUGCGGUGAAGCGUCCUAGCAGGAUGGCAACCUUAGGAAACCAGGCUGAGUCCAAUCGAAUUGUGGAGCCAGUAACGAAAGAUGUUCAGCGAACGGCUCAGGCGAGCAUUACAGCGGCCAAUCCAAUGACGUAUGGAACCUCUGCAGGCACGAAAUUCGAUGCUGAUCAAAACUCUACUACCAACUACGCCACUCCCCAGGGCGAGAAAGUCCACAUGGACAUUCAGCUGGACCAAGGUGUGAAACUGGCCGCGCCGGGGAGUACCCAGAAAACGGGGGAUGCUCCGACCGAUCAAACCUCUACCAGUGUGGACGGGAAUCCAAAGUUCCAAAUGGAAUCCUAUAAACCCGGCUUGGUCGUAACGAAAGGACCAUUGACAGCCGAUGACAUCCCUAACAUUGAAAACAUCGGCGGAGGAGCAUACCAGAGCAAGGAGAUUAACGGCGUUCCAAUCACUCCGCAGAUGGCAGCUGAAGUGCGAAGCGCAGAAGACAAGGCGGAACAUGACACUGGCAGGGACUCGGCAUCUGCCAGAGUGCAGAGUGCCGCGGCUUACAAUGUGCGGGAAAAUAUUGUGCCUCCGGUGGGCGUUGCAGAUCAUACUGCUCGUGGGGUAAUCGGUAGUGAUUCAUCUGGACUGCAAUCGCGCAUUCGUGCCGAGCAUGGAACCCAUACCUAUGCCAGCCCCACAUAAUAAGAGCACGCCAUGUGAAGGACCAGGCAAGAGUUUCAUGUCGAGAACACGAGGCUUUUCUAAACGAAACUCGAAUUUCAAGAGCAUGAUGAUCCAAUUCUAUCAAAGAGAUUGCAGCUGGGUUCAAAAUUUUCAAGACUUACUGCUUCAGUUGGGUGGAAAGAAUGAAGUGAUAAGCACACCGCUGCACAGCCCCACUUGCCAAAUCACUUUGUAAGCGGUGGCAGCAGCACUGUGAGAAACCGUUGGGUUAUGUUUUCAUGUACACAACACAAGAAUUUAAUAUAAAUAAGAACCUAAUUCAUGUGGAA